UCCGUCUGCGAAGGGAGCGCAAAGGCUCGACGAGCUGCUGGACGCGGAGGCCCUGCCCUUGUCGCCCGGAGCAGUCAUGUCCGAAGCAAGUAAGCAGGGGUGCGACCCCGACUUUGCAGCCGAGGCCGCCAGCGCCGAGGCGUGCGGCGGCGGCGGCGGCCCUGGGGUUCCCGGGGGGCCCCCCGCGCUCGCGUCCGCGUCCGCGUCCCAGGCCGCGGCGACCCUGGCGGGGCCCGACAGCCCACCCUCAGGCCCCGGCGACGCCCCUGCAGCCUCGCCGCCGCCGCCGCCGCCCGAGGCCUGGAGCGACGAGGAAGACCCGAAGGCGCUGCUGCAGGCCGCGGAGGAGGGGUGCGCCCACCAGGCCCCGAGCGCGGCCCAGCCGGUCCCCGCGCCGCCCACCGCGGCGCAGCUGGUGCAGAAGGCGCACGAGCUGAUGUGGUACGUGCUGAUGAAGGACCAGCGGCGGAUGAUCAUCUGGUUCCCCGACAUGGUGAAGGAUGUCAUCGGCAGCUACAAGAAGUGGUGCCGCAGCAUCCUGCGGCGCACCAGCCUCAUCCUGGCCCGCGUCUUCGGGCUGCACCUGCGGCUGACCAGCCUGCACACCAUGGAGUUCUCGCUGGUCAAGGCGCUGGAGCCCGCCGAGCUGGACAGGGUGGCGCUGGGCGGCCGCAUGCCCAUGAUGGGGCUGCUGCUCAUGAUCCUCAGCCUCAUCUAUGUCAAGGGGCGCGGCGCCCGCGAGAGCGCCGUGUGGAACGUGCUGCGCAUCCUGGGGCUGCGGCCCUGGAAGAAGCAUUCCACCUUCGGCGACGUGCGCAAGCUCCUCACCGAGGAGUUCGUGCAGCAGAACUACCUCAGGUACCAGCGCGUGCCCCACGUGGAGCCCCCCGAGUUCGAGUUCUUCUGGGGCCCCCGCGCCACCCGCGAGAUCACCAAGCUGCAGAUCAUGGAGUACCUGGCCCGCGUCUUCAAGAAAGACCCCCAGGCCUGGCCUUCCCGCUACAGGGAGGCGCUGGAGGAGGCCCGAGCCCGGCGGGCGGCCGCGCCCCCGACCCCCUGCCCCCGCAACAGCUUCUCCGAGGACUAGCUGGGUCCUCGGAGGGAGGCGGGGAGUCCCCUCCCGGUGUCUGAUCCUCUCUCA